AUGGAGCAAUCCCCCCUUACGCAACAGCCUCGGCCGGAGGCGUUCCAGGCCAAGAUUGUCCAGCUUUAUCAGGAGUUGUUUAAGGACCACGACCAAGACGAAGAAUACCUCGACCACCACACUCAGUCAGAAGGUUUCUGGACCGAAUUCUUCAUUCUCAAACCCUCCCGCCCAGCCCUCCGGCAGAUCCUCGAUCCCAUCCCCGCCUCCGAUCUACUUCAUCUGUACUCCUCGCAAACCCGCGAGUUAUUUUCCAGGGCCGUAGCCGCGCUCAAACCUGCCACCACCGGCACCGCCAGACCUGGUUCUUCUGCUUCUAGUUCACACAGUCGGAGUCCGACCCAAGCUCAAAACAAACAAGCGAAUGCGCUUGACACACUAUCGGUGUUUUUGGUCAUCGUGUUAGGGAAGAAAUACACCAAUCCGAGCUCGGAUAUCAUUGAGGUGCUUGCGGGACUGGAUAGUGUUGAUACGGUGUUUGGGGAGUUUGUCGGGGCACUGGAUGGGAUUGUAAGAGGUGGUGGUAGCCAUGGAGCGACGACGACAACGACAAGUAUAGAGGUGCGAAGAAAGGCGGUGGAGGUGGCGAUGGCUGUUACGGCGGGGGCGUGGGGGACCGGGUUGGGGAGUUAUUUCAUUCAGAGAGAUAUGUUUCCUGCGCUGAUGAAGCUUAUACAAGACACCGAGACGACGCAAGAUGUUGUCCUGCCGUUCACGCUGGUGGGACUUCUUGCUAAUUACAACAAGUUCGAGUUCCAAAAUCCGUACCAGAUGCGGUUGAACGACUUUGUCAACGAGCAGACGAUACAGAAGAUCAUCAGAGCCGUGGGACAGGCGUGUUUGACGCUACGAGGGCAAUAUGUUGCGGUACAAGAGGAUCUGCCAGAAGGAUGGUCGAUAGCGGGCACGCUGAGUAUGAUUGGGUUGGUGAGGUUGAAUAAACACAAGAAGCCGGUGUAUGAUGCGGAAACUCAAAAGAGGAUGUUUGCGGCGCUACCCGACAAAGAAGCGGCUGUUCUCCUAGCAACCUACGACUUUACCCACGCCAAUAAGCUCUUCUGCCAUAACCUGGUCACCCUCCCACCACUAGCCAAAGGCGACGAACCGCCCUUCUCCAGCUUCCUCUCCCUUACCUCCUACAUGCUCCAACACGCCUACCUGUCACAACGCACCACCCUCUACAGCCACCUCAACCUGAUGAUCAUCCGCCUCCUAAUCGAAGACCCGAUCCUCUGCAAACGUCUCUGUAGCUUCGAACCCGAGCACAAACAUCCCGUCCGUCUCUGCCGGCAACGCUCCCCCUACCUCCCGCACGUACCCGGCGACCGCGUCCUCGCUACCGCCGUCCUCGACACCAUGAUCGACGCCGUCAACCACAACCUCCGCCGCCGCCUCGACGUCGGCCUCUACACCCUAUGUGUCGGCAUCCUCCUCCGCCUAAUAAGCUACAUGUCCCGCUCGCGCACACGCCUCGAGUACCACUGGCACGAACUCUUCCGCUCUCUGUUAUCCCUAAUCCGCUUCCUGACGACCUACGCUUCGGACCUCAAGACUUUGUCAGUCAACAGCCAACCAGGUCAACUUGAGACUUUACUCGAUCUAGUAGUCAACACCCUCGCCCUCGGCCUCUCGUCAGGGGAAUCUUUCCUUCCGACAGCAGCAGCCUACGACGACUUGUUCUACAAGAUCGUUGAGAUGGGCGACGUCCUCGUCAAGUUCCGCGAUGUUUACAACCUCAAAAAGAGACAGAGUAAUAGCAUUGAUACCCUCGUCAACGUGUCGACGCAUUAUAAGGACAUGCUUGCCUCGGGAGCCAGUAAAGAAAAGUUGACGAGCGUGCAGGUUGCUGAGGUUAUCAAGCAGGGGUAUGAGACGCUGAGUAUUCAGGCGAAGGAAGGGCUGGAUAGUUGGGAGAGGUUUAGGGAGGCGGAUGAGAGGGGGUUGUUGAAGAAGAUGGCGAGGGAGGCGGUGGGGGAUGUUAGGGGGUUGGUUGGUGGGCAAUAG